UGUGUUCUGCAGUGGAAGAGGAGAAUUUUGGGAUGAUGGACAUGUGUUCCCUAUUUUGCGCGGAUUUUUGGAGGAAACUUCUUGUCAUGGCUGUGCUGACAAUCAUUAGUAGAGCCAGUGCUUCUAGAGGUGUUUCUGUGACCAUUCCUGCCGCAGUCAAAAUCAUGGAUACUGUCACUCUCCAUUGCAAGUAUGACCUAGAGGGAGAACCCUUGUACACAGUCAAGUGGUACAAAGGAUCCAAGGAAUUCUACAGAUACAUACCUAAGGAACUACCCAAUACUCAGAUGUUCCCAUUGCCAGGAAUUAUGGUCGAUAUGCAGAAAAGCUCUUCAAAUAAGGUUGUCCUGAAGAAUGUCCAGCUGGAAGUUUCUGGUCGGUAUAAAUGUGAAGUUUCAUCAGAUGCUCCCAAUUUCUAUACCUAUAUGGAGUCUGGAUACAUGUACGUUAUCGAUGUUCCUGUUGAUGAUCCAAUUCUUCGAAUGGACAAAGAAAUUCUUGAUACGGGCUACAGGCUGAAGGGAAACUGUUCUGCACCCUCUUCUUACCCUCCAGCGAAUAUAACUUGGCUACUGAAUGGAAAAAAUAUAAACGGCAGCUAUCUGAAACGUCUCCAGCCUCCAGACCCAUUCAGCAAAACUUCCUCUUCGAGCACCAAACGAACUCCCGCCAUAUCUAUUUCGGGCAUCGAACUAGAAAUCGACGAGAAUACCUUCCACGGAGGGAAAAUGAGGUUAUCUUGCGUCGCUAGUAUCUUCAACUUGUACAGGCGGGAGCGCGAUCUCGUUCUGGAAGAGAGUAGGCCUAGACCAAGGCCGUCAUCUGUUUUGGGAACGAGAGACGCUUCAGCAUCAGGUGAUAUGUCUCCUAGCAUCAAGGAAAAACUCAGUACCCUGCUCCUCAUCACCAUCAUUUUCAUUAUACGGUAACAAUACUGGGUUAACUAAAUCCAGGAAUUGAAGAAACAAGACAUGCAGGAAGAAGAUAUCAGUGGAGUGUGGUCAAUACAUGUGAUAUGAACGAAUCAAAUUUCGUGAAAUGAAUGUAAAUAGAUGUAUAUGUGGUUACUCAGAAGUAAUUCUCUGAACGGUAGAGUGGACACUAUAGGUGAGGUGAAUCAAAUGAAACGAAACUAUCAUGUACGAAAUUAGCCAAAAAAAAAUCACAAACCUGAUUAAUUGCUUCAACUGUGUGAAAUAUGUGAGUAGAAAUCCUAUUAUCUAGACUCGAUUGCAGUCAUUUUCUUGCCUCAUGAAACGUGGAGUUUGGGCUAUUUUUCUCAACGAUUAUCCUUCAAUGAAACGAUCUUCCAUCACCAAUCAAUCAAAAACACAUCACAUGGAACAAUAUUCUGAUUAGGAAUUUAUCAAUCUUCUGCUCUCUAGAGCUAUUUCAGGAAUUGAAUAUAUCACACUGUCAAAAUCUUUUUACAUAUAUUCCGAGGCUUCAGCCAAAUGACCGAUUAUGAUAGCUUUCUAAUUUUUAUAUGGGGUGUUUCAAAAAAACCUAAACCCCUUGCUAGGGUAGGUAGAACAUUGCAAAAUAAGUUGGGAUUGCUCAGUAAAAAAAUGUCGUAACGCCAUCCAUUUUUAUAUGGGGUGUUUCAAAAAACCUAACCCCUUUGCUAGGGUAGGUAGAACAUUGCGAAAUAAGUUGGGUUUGCUUAGUAAAAAACUGUCGUUACGCCAUCCGUUUUCAAGGUAUGAAACAAUAUUUUUUUUACACAUUUUCAACGAUUAUGUUGAAACUACUGGCAACAUUGUCAUGAAAUUUUGUAUGGAUGUUUCUUGGAAUCUGACACAUCGCAUGCAUUCGUUUUCAUAUCUUACUCUCAUAGAGGGCGCUAGUUACACGGUUCGUACCGAGUAGUUUUGAACAUAACUUUUUUGAGAUUAGAUUUUUCAAUCCAAAUUUGAUGUGAACUUGAACAUCUUUCAAUUUCACACCAAAAAGGUCCUUUUGGUGAAACUCGAUACUGUUCCGUUUUCGGAAUAUUCCGAUUUGAAAAUGAUGAAGUGGUAAAUGUUGCUGAUAUAAAGAGAGUGAGUAUUAUGAAAAAUUAUCACCUAUUUAUUGAAAACCGAAAACAACAAUACAUUUUUGAUGCAAAACUCAUUGAUUCAACAAUGAAUAACAAGAAUUACAUCGAAACAGAUUCGACUAAGAACAUGGAUUACACAGUUUUGUUGUAUCUUGAGCAGAAAGUCUAUGCUACAUAGGUAAAUUUACGUCAAGAGUUGUGAGACAUAAUUAUAGAAAUAACAGCUGAUUCUCAACUGUUCAGAAGAGUGAUUCAUCCUCAAAAGAAAAAUAUAGAAUCGUGUAUUACUCGAAACGUAGGACAUUUUGAACACUUACUCUAACUGAUUCAAUAUUUCAUGUUUCUAGUCAAAUAUCUCUUGAUUUUCUACUCAUGAUUCUUUGUUCCAUCAAUAACUUCAGCACAACAAUAAUUCUAUUGUUUUUGAACCUGAAUAAAUAGGUAAUUCAACUAAAUAAAAUCCAUUUUAUACCAGCGUCAUUACUACUCCAUUAUUUUCAAAUCGAAAUAUUCCGAAAACGGACCAUAGUAUCGAGUUUCACCAAGAG